AGAGAGAGGGUAAGAUUUACCCACGAUCUGACAGCACUGUUUCGAAGCCCAACUAAUAUAACCUUAAUCUAACCUAAUGUUGAUUAGUUCUAAUUUUAGCAAAUAUAAAAAUGUCAAGAGAUAAUAAAGCAGCACUAAAAGAAGUGCGAGAAUUACUUAAACACAAAGAAUAUGUUGAUGCAAUGAUGAAAUGCAAAGAAAUAAUAAAAAAAGAUAAGACAAAUUAUAUGGCUUAUACCUUAUUAGGUGCUGCUACGCUUGAAUUAGAAGAAUAUAAAUAUCGGACUCCAGCAAUUUUCCAAAAAGCAAUUAAGCUACAACCAGAAAAUAUUUUAGCUUAUCAAGGAUUAGUAACUUAUUAUGAAAAAGAAUCAAACAAAAAUCAUAAUACGCUAAAUAAAUUGAUAGCAAGUUAUUGUAAACUUAUAGAAUAUGAAAGUGAUAUGUCCAAAGCCUACAUGAUUCUGGAGAAAAUAUCUGACCUUCUUUUAUCUAAGAAAUAUAAUGUAAAUUUUAAUGAUGCCAUUAAAAAAUUAAAUUCCGCACGUGAAAAUGCCAAUGAAGAAAAAAAUCUUUUAAUAAGCAAAUCUUUGGCAUAUAUUUUAACAGAAAAUUCUGAUUUGUAUCAAUUUAAUGAUUUAUUAGAAAAUGUUCUAUCAAUUGUCAUAAAAGAUCCUAAUGUCGUUAACAGAAAAAAUUAUUAUAAGAAAUAUUUAAAACUUUUAAGUAAAUCGAAUAAAAUAAGUACAUUAGUAGAUGAAGUUGCCAAUAUGUUCAAGCAAUUCCCGAUGGACAGUUAUCCUCUUGAAUUGAUAUGCAGAGUUUAUAAUGACUACAAAGUAGGCAAUAAAGGAGAAAUAGAUAUUGAUAUUGUUCCUUUUUAUAAAUCACUUAGAAAAUUUAAUCAUGAAUCCGAAUUUAGUAUUGUAGCUGAGGCAAUACAUUUACAAGAAACUGGCGAUUUAAUCCGAUCACGUGAAAUUCUAAAUCAAUUAGUUUUAAUUAAACCAAAAUCAUUUUAUGGAUAUGUUCUGUUGGCCACAGUAAAUAAGAAAUUAUAUUGUUAUGAAAGUGUGGAAAAUGCCGCAACCGAAGUAUUACGUCUUUCAUCUUAUAAAUCUUAUUUGUGGAAUGAAAUUAAUGUAUUAUAUGUUGAGUCACUUAGCAGAAGCAAAGAUGUAGAGAAAUGGAAAUUAGCUAAAAAAUUAUGUGAAGAAAUUUUAGAAAGAAAAUCUUCACUGCAAGUAAGAUUAAUUCUAGCACGGGUCAAUGUAUUAUUAAAUAAUGAUGGAAUUCUUAAUGAAUUAAGUAAUUUGGAAUCAAUACCUGAAGCAAAAGUUGAAGCUGGUGUUUUACAAGCAAUGUAUUAUAUGAUUCAUAAUAGCUUGGAACAGGCUGUAGAUAUUCUUGGAUCUUGUAUAGAAACUUCAGAAAGUUGGUCGUUGCUUGGUCAAAUAUAUUGGGAAAUGGGAGAUUAUAAUCACAGCCAAUUAGCUUUUUUAAAUAGCGUACAAACAGAUCGUUUUAACUGGGAAUCUUUUAUUUAUCUUGGACAAUAUUAUCUCGAACAUGAUAAAGAUAUAGAACGAUCAAAAAGGUCCUACCAAGCAGCAUUACAGAUUAAUCCUUAUUCAGAAAAAGCUGGUAUCGGUUUAAGUACAACAUUGAGAUUACUUAACGAUAGUAAAGCUAAUAUAGAAUUGUUGCAAAAAUUAACUGCUUAUAGCAAUGGUCCUAAAUGGGCAUGGUUACAAUUGGGUUUGUAUUAUUUAGAUAGAGGAAAUGCAAACGAAGCUAUUAAAGCACUGCAACAUGUCAUUAGAGCUGAUCCCACUGACAAUCAUGGUUGGGAAUCUUUGGCAGAUGCAUAUUUGGCAAGAGGUGCUUAUAGAUCAGCUAUAAAAUCUUAUCAACGAGCAUUAGAUUUAUUCCCUGGAUCUUUAUAUUCUAGCAUACAAGUUGCAAAUAUUAAAUUGUUAAUAGGCGAACUUGAAGAAGCUAAGGAAGAAUUUAAAAAUAUUUUGAACAAUGAAUCACAUUAUUUACCUGCUCUGAAAGGUCUUGCCGAGGCAGGCUUAGGUUUAGCAACAAAAAAUAUAUCUACCCAAUUCUUAGGACGUGCUAGAGAAAAUCUUCAACAGUCAAUAGAAUGUUUGACAGAUGCUGUAUUGAUUAAUUCUAAAAUAAUUUGCAUUUGGAAGUUAUUGGGAGAUGUAUGUCACAAAAGUGCAAUGUUAUCUGAGAAAUAUUGUCACUUUAAAGUUAAACCUUUUUUGAUGAAUCUUGAAAGUACCGAAGAAUAUAUUGUUAUUGGAAGAGAAGAUUUAUUUCUACUAUCAAAAAGAUCUUAUUAUCGUGCGUUGGAUCUUUCGAAAAAUUCUUCAUUACUAUGGCAUGAUCUAGCUUGCUGUUACGUUUCACAAUUGCGUUUAAAUUCUAUAAAUAAUCGUCAAGAAAUUGCAAAUGAAGCUCUUACAGCUGCUAAAUAUGCUGUAAAGUUAUGUCCAACAUCAUGGUCGCAUUGGAAUAUUCUAGGAAUAAUCUGUAUGAUACCAGAAGUAAAAAAUUAUGCUUUGGCACAGCAUUGUUUCAUUAUGUCAAUCAGUAAAGAAAAUAAUGCUAUAGUAUGGACUAAUUUAGGAAUUUUAUAUGCACUUCUUGGAGAGAUAUACAAAGCAAAUGAAGCAUUUUCUCGUGCCCAACAAGUAGAUCAUGAUUAUAUGAACAGUUGGGCUGGUCAAGGUGUAAUUGCUGAAAUAUUUGAUUUAACAGAAUCAUUGAAUUUGUAUAGACAUGCAACAACAUUAGGAUAUAAUAAUGAAGCAUGUUUAGGGUUUGCUCAUGUGGUAAUAACAUUAGUGUUAAACGGUAAUGCAACGAAAGAUCCUUUAUAUACUUAUAAUAUUGAAAAUAUGCAUUCCAUACCAGCAGCAAUAGAUAUGCUUACUUGGUAUAUAGAACACAAUUCAAAUAAUGCACAUGCGCUUAAUACUUGUGGAUUGUUGUUGGAAAGACAACAAUUAUAUUUAUCAGCAAAAGAGCAGUUUACUAAAGCAUUGUAUAAAGGUAACGAAGAAGAGAAAGAUUUCAUUCGUAUAAAUCUGGCACGAAUUUUAUUACAUUUUAAUCAAUAUGAAGAAGCUAUAAAGUUAUGUAAAAGUGUACAAAAUGUUACUUUCAAUUCACAAUGUCAUUUAGCUUUAUGUUUCUUUAAAGCGAAGCAAUUUGAAGAUUCAUAUAAUACUUACGAAAUGGCUCUUAAAAAUUCUGUAACAGAAGAUCAAAAAGCAAACGUAUUGUGUGCUAUGGCAGCUAUGACUCAUAUCUUUCAAAGAGUAGAUGAUGUUAAAACUUUACUCUUUCAAUGUAUAAUGAUUAAGCCACCUUUGAUACAUGGUUUUCUAGCAGCUGCCGCAUUGGGUAUAUUACAUGGAGAUUUGAAUUUAACCAACCUGGUAUUAAAUGAAUUAAAAUCAUAUAAAAAUAAUGUUGAGACCGAACAUCACAUUACUACUUUGACUGCUUAUUCUAGUCUUGUUCAAAAUAAAACACAAGAUGCUAUUAAAGUUUUUUCAAAGUUAACUUAUAGAUUUCCAAAUGAUCCCAAUUGCUGGAUAAAUCUUGCUAGAAUUUUAUUUGAUCGAAAUUCAGAGAUAUUCUGUAGAUGCUCACAAAAAGCAUUAUAUUUACGUAAACUUUCAUCUUCUAAAAAUAUCAUACAUAUAGCUUGUGCAUCUAUAUUAAAUAAUCUAAUUACUGAAAAUUUCACUGAUGCAUUGAGAAAUAUACAAAAGGCAAUAUUUCAAUUUCCUAAUCAAAUUGAAAGUUGGGCAACUUUUAUUGCUGUUUUUCUAAUACGAUUUGAGGAACGUAUUAAUACCGAGGUUAAAUUCAAUGCAAAAUGGAUAUCUAAAUUAAUAACUAUAGUGCAACAACAAUUUCCUAUACAAAAUCAAAUAUAUAAUUGGUUAGAAAAAAAGAAAAAUAUAAUUAAUGUCUUACUAUAAAAUAAAAAC